AUGCAACCAUUACCAGAAGGCCAGUUUAGGCUUUGUGUUAUUCAAUCAAUACGUCUUACAGCAUGGCUGAUCAUGUUUCUCAGUCGGAAGUCUGUCUCUUCUCUAAAACCUGCCCAACUUCCAGUGUAUCAAAGGAAACCCUUUAUAGCUGCUUGGAAUACUCCAACAGAUCAGUGUUGGUCAAAAUAUAAGUUACGGCUAAAUUUGAAAAUGUUUCAGGUGACUGGAAGCACACUGACCAAGGCCAGGGGGCAAAAUGUCACCAUAUUUUAUCCUAGGAGACUGGGAUAUUAUCCUUGGUAUACAUCACAGGGGGUCCCCAUUAAUGGGGGUCUCCCUCAGAAUAUAAGCUUGAAAGAGCAUCUGAAUAAAGCAGCUCAAGACAUUCAGUAUUACAUACCUGCUAAAGAUUUCAGUGGACUUGCUGUUAUAGACUGGGAAUAUUGGCGUCCACAGUGGGAUCGGAACUGGAAUGCCAAAGAUGUUUACAGACGGAAGUCAAAAGAGUUUAUUUCUGAGUUGCAACAGAACAUAAAAGCUUCUGAUAUUGACUAUUUAGCCAAAGCAACCUUUGAAGAAAGUGCAAAGGCAUUCAUGAUGGAAACCAUCAAACUGGGAAUUAGGAGGCGGCCCAAAGGCCUUUGGGGUUAUUAUUUAUAUCCUGACUGCCACAAUUAUAAUAUGGGUGAUCCAAACUAUACAGGUUCAUGUCCAGAAGAGGCAGUUUUGAAGAAUAAUGAGCUUUCCUGGCUCUGGAAUAGUAGUGCUGCUUUGUAUCCUUCAAUUGCCAUCAAGAAAGCCUUCAGAAACAGCAAGAAUAUUUUGCACUUCUCAAAAUUCCGGGUGCAUGAAGCCAUUCGGAUCUCCACCCUGACGUGCCAUGAAUCUGCUCUGCCUGUGUUUGUCUACACAAGGCUUGGGUAUAGGGAGGACCCUUUAUGUUUUCUUUCUCAGCAAGAUCUAAUUAAUACCAUAGGAGAAAGUGCUGCGUUGGGAGCUGCAGGCAUUGUUAUCUGGGGAGACAUGAAUUUAACUUCAUCAGAGGACAACUGUACCAAGGUGAAGCAGUUUGUGAGCUCUGAUUUAGGGAGCUACAUAGUCAACGUGAGCAGAGCGGCUGAGGUGUGCAGCCUUCAUCUCUGCAUGAAUAAUGGAAGAUGCGUACGAAAGACGUGGAAUGCAUCAGAUUACCUGCACUUGAGUAAUGAAAGCUACCACAUAGAAGCCUCUGAGAACGGGGAAUUUACUGUGAAGGGAAAUGUAUCUGAUACAGACCUGGCUAGGAUGAAAGAGAAAUUCUUCUGUCAUUGUUACCAAGGAUAUGAAGGUGCUAACUGUCGAGAAAUGAAGGACCCUGGUGGCACCUCUACUGAUAGAAACUUCCUCAAGGUUGGAGACUGUCUUGUUCACUCUCGCAUACCAAGUCCAAGCUCAGAUUUCCUGACUGUCAGUAAUAUCGACAUAGCCCAAUUCAGCACCAUGGUACAUGAUAAACUAGAUUUGCAAGUUUUGAAAGAGGUCAAAAGUACAUCAUCAUAUCGCUCAUGCAUGGAAGGUGAAGAUGUUAAUGACUUUGAGAUUGACCAUGUGAGUCACAGAUCCUGUGACAGUGAAAUGAAGCAAGAAUCAAUUGAUACAGACAAAAAGAAUGUGGACCUCCUUGAGUUGGAUGAUGAAGAUAUAGCACUGUGA